AUGGCCCGGAGUAGGGUGCUUGAACCGGCUGGAGAAAGGAUUGCGCGAUUAAAGCCAAACGGCAAGCCCAUCUUGUCAUUCUUCCGUUCCUUUGCUCCUUCGGCCAAGAGCAGAUACUUCAAAGUUGAGUACUUGAUUAAUCAAGGAGGUGUCUUGAAUGCCCCGAGUCAAGGUGAAAUCUUUCGAUAUUGUGUAAUUGAUCGCGGAGCCGACAAUUUUGACUGGGCUCUCGAAGAUACCAAACGGUUGUCUUCAAGAGCUGCAGACUUUAGGGUCAACUUCCUCAAUGCUCCCUCUGUGGCCGCUCAUUCCGGCCAGAUAAUUAAAGACAGGGCCAGCGUACAAGCUGGCUUUUUGAAGUACAUUGAGAAUAUCAUCAAGAACAAAGUCUUUGUUGCCACUGUUGAUGUCAUCAUAAAUAGCAUGGCUGCCUCCUCUAAGAGGGCCUCGAUGCUAUUUCAACCCCAUGUUAUUCCGGAAGGAGCCUGGUCUAGUUUGGUCACGGGUGGGUGA